AUGUUGUCUAGGAAGAGGGUAAGCAUUAGUGGUAAGAAACCGUUGAAGGAGGUGCGGAUCAAGCCCAGCAAAGCGAGGAGAAUCAUCAGGAGGUUCCAUUUCCUGACUAGUAAGCGGGCCCUUAUAUGUGAGUUGUUGGAGCUAGAGCGGCUGCGAGACAAUGAUGAGGAGUAUAACUCGCGUGUGAUAGAUGCCUAUUUGGGCGGCAAGUUGCUGCGGAAGCGGUAUGAAGAAGGGCAGGCCGUUGCAGCUCAGGACGGAAUGAUGGAGUCCCGACUGUUGCAGAUAAGGUCACACUCUGAUAAGCCUGCGAAGGAGGAGCUGUUGCGCUGUUUGGGGUAUAUCCAGCGGGAGAUACGGGAUGGUGGGUUGAAGAACUAUCAGAUGGCUAGCAAAAUCGGGCAAGAUAAGGAUCGCGGCGGUGAUUCUUCGAAGCUGCUGGUGAAAUGGCUCAAAGAGUUGAAUUAUGAUCAGCACACCGAGCUACGUGCAUUGGAGAUCGGCUCCCUGAGUGUAUCGAAUCACAUAUCCCGUUGUAAGAUAUUUGAGGAAGUUGAAAGGAUAGACCUCAAUAGUAAUGAUCCUAAGGGAAUAAAAAGACAAGACUUCAUGAAGAGGCCGCUACCGAGGACGGGUGAGGAGAAGUUCCAUCUGAUAUCAUGUUCCUUAGUGCUAAACUUUGUGAAUACACCUGCGGAACGUGGACAAAUGUGCCAACGGUUCUCCGAAUUCCUGUUCCCUCCCACUAGCGAUGUACCUUCGUAUGUAUUUGUGGUGUUGCCCCUCCCAUGCGUGAAUAACUCACGGUAUAUGACAAUCGACCACUUCACUAUGAUUAUGGACUCCCUAGGCUAUGAAUUGAUACGUUCACAUACAUCACACAAGCUCUUCUACUGCCUGUUGAGACUAUCGCAUCGAGAGUCCAAGCGCAAGUUCCAGAAGAAAGAGAUAAACCCAGGGCCUGGACGCAACAACUUCGCGAUUGUCAUAUAA